AUGGACAAGAAAUCUCAAGCAAAUGCACUCCUGGACCGCCUGUCCCGCGUGCUUGAAGGCAUGGUCAAACCUACUGGUCUGCGCCACUACCGCCCGGAACCUACGGAUCUCAUCAUCGCAACCUAUCCAAAAGCUGGAACAACGCUCCUGCAAAACUUAACCUAUCAGGUCGUUGUUGCCACAGGCGGCGCCCCUCCAUUCGACCCCGACGGCCUUGCUUUCGAAGACAUCAACCAAGUUGCGCCGUGGCUUGACUUCGGUCCUGAGUUCGGGGUUAUGGAAGCUCCCACGAACCCCAGAAUUUUCAAGACGCAUUCGUGCGCGGAUCAAUUCAAUCUUGACAAAUCGCGAUACAUCGUAUGUGUUCGGGACCCGCUGAAGUACCCGGCCAGUUUUCUCGACUUCUUGCUGGAGCCUUUAUUGGGAGAGAAUGUUACUGAUGACGAACUGAAAAGAGAAAUCUUUGAUGAGCUUGUAUCGAGGUAUUUACUUGGGUUACCGCCAAGCAAUGCUUCGUCGGAAACGGCGUUUCGUCGAUACGGGUUGUGGUUCGAUCAUGUGAAGAACUGGCUCUUUCCAUCGCGACGGAAUGUGCUGGUGCUUUUUUACGAAGACGUGGUAGCGGACGUUGGAGCUACAGCGAGAAGGGUUGCGGGGUUUAUGGGUCGUAGUCUUUCCGACGAGGCAGUUCAGACAGUCGCGCAAAGGUGUGACCGACAAACGAUGGCUGCCGAUAGCAAGUUUCGAUCACAAUCCACAAGAUAUGGGUUAGGGAUUGGUAACGCAGAACUCGUGUACUGUUUUCCGGAGAAGCGGAAGGGGUUCACUGAGUUUUCGCUCAGAGACAAACAUGUCGAAGCCGUUCAUAUGAAAAUCCAAGAAACGUUCGGCGUCAGUGACUAUCAAGCACUGCGAGAAUUAGUCAACGGGCGCGAAGACGCGAGUGCAGAUGCUUUGCCUACAGAUAUACUUUAA